AUGUUUAGAACCAUUCGAUUAUUACCAAAAUUAUUAAGAUUAACUUAAGUAGCAACUUGUUUAACUCUCAUUUAUAAUUAAUAAUAAAAUUUGAGAUGUAACUAAAUUAAUACAUAAACAAUUAAUACCAUAAAUGAAUAGGAAAUAAAUCUAAUGAUAGCAAAUCCAUAAAAUUUCUCAAAUACAAUAAUAAUUUUAAAUAGGAAAAUCAUAGAUGAACUUCCAAAAAAUUUAUAAGUUUAAAUGUAAAUAUUUGAUGGUUAUUCUAAUGAUUAUGAUUUAGUAGCUAUCAAUAAUCACACAUAUCUAAAACUCAAAAUAACAAAAGAAGAGGACUAUUUAAAAUUGCUUAAUUUUUUAACACCCCUACGAAUUUUAAAUAAUAAAUAAGAUGCAAUAAAUCUUAUUGAUUAAAUGGAUGCUAAAAUAUUUUUGAGUUAUAUACCUGAAGAGACUAUGGAAAAUUAAGAAGAAUAAACUAAUAAAUAGGAUUUUUAAUAAUUAGAAGAACAAUUUAGAGAGCUACGUUAUAUAGAUUAUAAUAGGGAAGCAUAAUAUUAUAUAAUCAAAGAUAAGAAUGUUGCUAAAGAAUUCGAGCUCUCAGAUAAUGAUAUUGGAAAAGUUUAUGUACUCAAAUAAACCAGUAUAUUUAAUGCUAAAGAGUCAUCCUUUGAACAUAAUUCUAAAGAAUACUUUAUGAACAAAAUUGAACCUGAUUUAAACUUAAAAACAUUAGAUAUCAAAAAAAAGAAAUAAUAAUCUUUUUCAAUUGAUAUUAAUGAAUCUUAAUAACCUUCUAUUUAAUAAUUGAAAUUCGUUUAAUAGUUGACUCUAACUGCAAAUAAUUAUGUUAAUUAUGUAUUUAAUUAACAAUAAAUGGAUUCUUAACUACUCAUUUAUAAACAAAUGGGCGUUCAAUAUAUUCUCAUUUAUCAUAGUCAAAAUGAUAUGAAUGAAAAAAUAAUAAAAAAACUAAUUAGUGUUAAGAAAUCAAUGAAUAUUUAAUAACAAUAGUAAUUUGGAAUAAUUUAUUCAGAUAACAUUAAUUUAAUCUAAAAAUAUUUUGGAUUAGUCAGUAAUGGAUUUCUAGAUGAUAUAAGAUUGAUUGAUCUUAAUUCACAACAAACCUAUACUACAUCUUUUAAUAUUGUCGAAUAAAUAUCAUCUGAUAAAUAAUAUGAUCAAUAUAAAUAAUGUAAGAGAUUUUCUUUUGGAGAUAAAGUCACAGUUAAUAGAUUGAAAUAAUUUAUUGUCUAAACUACUAAUUAUCAGAUAGAAAAUAUCUAAACAUCUCCUAAUUUUAGAGAAGAAUAUUAUGAAAAAACAUUUGUUAAAGUUCCCCUUGAAAAAUUACAAACUAUUACUGCAAAUUCAUUAAAUUUGACAGGAUUUGAUUUUAUUUAUUUUUAUAAACCAGGUUGUGCAGCUUGUCAUACUGUUGCUGAAACCUUAGAAAAAAUUGUUGACAGUAUUAGUAAUCCUCAUCCUUAUAGAGUUAAAAACAUUUCUAAUUUUAAAAAACUCUCUUUUAAAAAGUAUAAACCAUUCAAUUAAUAGAUAUAAUAUUUUAAAUGAAUCCCUUAUAUUACCAUCUCCAAUUCAGGCACCAUUAAUCUAUGUCAUUUAUGAUGGAUAAAUUAAAAAAGCAGAUUUAGUAUCAAAUAAGAUAAAUCCAGGAGAAGAAUCCAAAAUGCUUCACUUCUUAACCAAAUUCAUUGAUUAUCUUUGA